UAUGGAUUGUUGAUGCUUUCCCCAUAAUAUUUGGUAGGAAGUUUCCAUGCUUCUUCAGUUUAAUAUUUAGAAAGAGAGCUAGAGAAAAACAACGUAGAAUAAUAAUGAUGGUCUAGGCUUCUCUAGCGAGGCAUUUUGAGAAUUUUCAGAUCAGAUUGUCUAGUAAUUUGGAAGGAAUGUCAAAAGAGCCAUCCAAAAGGUCUCUUAAGAGAGAAAUUCUCUUAAGAUUGAAAUCUGAAGGGUUUAAGGGUGAAUUCUGGAAGAUCCCAAGGUAUGGCUCUCUGGGAAACUCUGAAAUUUAUGCACCAUGAUGAAGACAUCUGGUAAACAGGAUGUUAAGAUGAUGUUUCCUCCUGAGGCCAAAAGUUGACUGCAGCAGGAAUUUUGAAGAGCCACAACGAUGUGCCAGUGAAUAAUGAGUAGUACCUACUGUGGCAAUUCUUCAGCUAAGAUGAGCGUCAAUGAAGUUUCAGCUUUCUCAUUGACUCUGGAGCAAAAAACUGGCUUUGCUUUUGUUGGGAUUCUGUGUAUCUUCUUGGGACUUCUAAUUAUCAGAUGCUUCAAAAUUCUCUUAGACCCAUAUAGUAGCAUGCCUUCUUCUACAUGGGAAGAUGAAGUUGAAGAGUUUGAUAAAGGGACGUUUGAAUAUGCACUCGCCUGAUUUCCAGCUUUAUGCUUCUCAUGGUUGUGCUAUUGGGACAUGUGGUGGCUACAUUUGGGUAUGCUGGGUAGGCUGGAGAGAAACUCAUUACAUUCAUUGAAUUCAAUAAAGAUCUAUCAUUGAUUUA